AUGGAUCCAUCACCUUCCUCAGCUUCGCCAAAGCCCAAGCUCGACAUCACCGACAACGGAACCUUUCUCCGUUUCAUCAAUCUCUCCACAGACAUCGAACUUCAGCAAGACUCCAUGUCGCUAUCAGAGGAUGAACAAGCGAAGAUCCAGGCAUACAUGAGCGAACGCACUGCAGAUCUUGACUCCCCCUUCUGGAAAGAGCUGUCCUCAGAUCCGCGAUUCGCCGUCGCCUGCAACCAAAAGGUGGCGAACGACACUAGGAUCUCUAUUGUGAGUAACGGUGGUGCUAUUUCCUUCAAGGACGGCCCGGGCGGUAUGCCUUUUGAUCCAGCGUCCAACUUCGCGAAUAACCCUGAUAUGGCGCGCGCGCUCUGUGAGCAGAUGAAUGCGAUUCCCCGCGGCGAGUUUAAUUAUCACUUCGAUGGGAAGGGUGUUUCUAUGAGACAUAAGAAAUAUAAUCCAUCGAAUGAAAAGGAGAAAGCGAGCACUACGGAAAGCGGUAUCGUAAAAAACGGUGCCGAGAGCAAGAGCGUGGAUGAGAAGGGCAGCGAGAAGAAGAGCGCGGAGGAGAAGAGUGUCCACUAA